AUGACCUAUGUCCGCCGCAGGCCUGGGCUGAUGGUAGAUCAGAGGAGGCCCGCGGCAACUCGUGACAUUCUUUGGCUCACGGUCAACGACAUCACUUUGGUCAACGUUUACCGCCAACCGUCAUACGACGAGGCCCUCGACAUACUACUCCAAUGGCCCGCGCCAAACAGAUGUCUGGUAGCAGGCGAUUUCAACGCCAAACACCACAGCUGGCAAGCCGGCCGCAUCGAGGGCCGCGGCGAGGCUGUAGCUGCAUGGGCGACAGCCAACGGUCUGAACCUGCUCAACCCGGCUGACGUCCCGACAAAUCCUCGUGGCAAUACGAUCGACCUUGCCUUCUCUAAUAUCGCCUUGGCCAAUGCCGUGGUGGAAGACCAUCUUGCCACCAGCUCCGACCACUUCACGCUCAGCACUACCCUGCCUGAGCUCGCUGUAGCGCCCCCACCCACUGGGAAGUUUGCCGCCAAAGCUGCAGGCCGGCCGGUCCGCAAGGGCGCACGCAGCGCGCCCUGGUGGACGGAGGAAUGCUCCUUGGCCGCGGUGGAGUAUCGCGCAAGAGUCGUGCGGCGAGUCAAGCGCCGUUACUGGCGCGAUCUGAUUGACAGCUUCACGGACAGUGCGUCCGUCUUCAAGGCGGUCCUGGAUGAUACCGUCUAUGAGACCCAACUAGACAAAGCCAACGCCCUGCGACGAGCAACGCUCGAACGUCGCACUUCGCAGGAUGACAUCACGGAUCCGUGGGUCCCAGUGGACACAGCGAGGACGAUUCCUUUCGCUCAGAACGUUUCCCUGGAGGAGGUCCGGGACGCGACCCUUCGCACGGGUAACACCUCUCCCGGCUCCGAUAACAUUACGGUCAAGAUGCUCCGUGCCGUCUGGCAUACCAUUGGAAGCCUCGUCCACAAGCUGUAUCAGGGCUGUCUCGACAUCGGGCGACGGAACCUGUCAGAGGCCCGCGCCUGGCGUCCAAUCUCUCUCCUGUCUGGGCAAAGGCCUCGAACGGCUUAUUGCGCGCCGUUUGGCGUGGGCAUCCGUCCACUAUGGUGUCUUGCACCCACAACAAGCUGGCGCAUUGCCGAAAAGGUCCGCUGUUGA